AUGCCGCCCAGCAACAAGCCGUACCAUGUUUCCACCAAGAGGUCGCCGGCAGUCGUCGUCCUUGGUGUAAUUUUGCUGCUGCUUGUUGUGGUCUGCAGCGACGACGGCAGCGGCGGCGGCCUUGUCUUCCUGCUGGCAGCUGCUUCAGAAGGCGAAUCCGGAAGCAGCGGCCAUAAUGAUCCCAAAGGAUCCGGUCCUCCGACACACCCCGACUUCAUCGGGCGUGAUCGUGCCAAGGGAACCGGUCCUCCGACACCCCACUCUGACUCUACCGACAACCUGAAGCAGCGCGCUCAUUAUUUUGGAAUAGGGCCCUUAAUUAUUGGUAACUGCGCCGUAGGGAAGGAUUGCCGGAUUCAUCACUGA